AUGUCAGGUUUUCCAGAGUUUAAUUCCACCAAUAACCCCAAUAGAAUUUCUAGCAGUAGCACAAACUCUAAUCCUUCGGAUUAUGAAUCAUAUGGCGCGCUUGAUGAAACAUCAUCACAAAUUACAUUUAUAGCAGUGAUUACUAGUGUUUCCUCUCGUUUUUCUAAUACUGAAUACAUAAUGGAGGAUGGUACUGGACUGAUUUCUGUGAAGAUUUGGCAGGAUAGUACUGAUGAAGCAAAUGCAAAAAAUGAUGAUAUUAAGGAAAAUACAUAUGUUACUGUAUUUGGAAAUCUAAAAGUUCUUAACAAGGAACGAUAUGUGGUAGCUGUAAAAAUAAAACCUGUUACUGAUUUCAAUGAGAUCAGUUCUCAUAUUGGUCAUGUUAUCUUUGAUCAUUUAUACUUUAUAAAAAAUGUGAACUUAAAAAAUCCAUUAUACAAGGACAUAAUUGCUUUUGUUACUAAUGAUAAGAAUGGUGUUGGAACUAAUAUUAGUCAAAUGGCAAAUGCUUUAUCAAACAAACAUGGAUCUGAUAUGAUUGUUGUAAAUGCUGUUGAACAAAUGUGUUCGGAUGGAUUGCUUUAUAGUACUGUUGAUGAAUAUCAUGUUGGACUCACAUCUUAA